CGCCUCUGGGCUCGGCGGCGGAAGGGGCGGCCCGGCAGCACCGCCGCGCUUCCCGUCCCGUCCCUUCCCCAGGGCACCGGGGGGCAUCCCCAUGGCGGCGGCGGCAGCGCUGUUGCUGCGGGCGGCGGGCCGGGCCCUGCUGGGCCGUGCCACUCUCCUGCCCUGCGCCGAGCGGGGUUUUAGCGACUGCGGCGGGGCGCGCUGGGCGCCUGCGCGGCCCGGCCUCCCCGUGCCGAUGUCCUCGCCCCUGGCAGGGCUCUCCCGGCCCAUCCGCAUCAAGGAGCCGCCCAAGCGCAAGCCGGUAGAUCGGUGGACCAAGAAACGGGCCUUGUUCGGGGUGUAUGAUAACGUGGGGAUCCUGGGCGGCUUCCAGAUCCACCCGAAGAAUCUCAUCAUGGGGCCCACCUGGCUGCGAGGCUGGCGGGGGAACGAGCUGCAGAGGUGCCUCCGUAAGAAGCAGAUGGUGGGCGAUCGGAUGUUUGCAGAGGACUAUCACAAACUCAACAAGAGGAUCCGCUACUUGUACAAGCGCUUCAAUCGCACCGGAAAGCACCGCUAGGGAACAGCAGUGCCUUCAGCCUGUGGAGUGUCGUUUUGUGGCAUUGCAGUCAGAAUAAAGCCAGCUUCCACACAAUUGA